AUGUCAACCCCACGCAGUACCCCCCGAGACCGCGAACGACAUCAUCACCGCGAACGAAGCGACAACACCCCCGGCCAGCAUCGCGACCGCGACCGUCAGAACCGCUCUCGCACACAAACCGAACCAACCCUGCCCCCCUACGAACCCUCCCUCGCACCGCUCACAACAACAGGCCACAACGCGGUCCUCGCGCUCCUGAAAUCCCAAACCCUGCGACAUCUGAAAACGCAUCUGCAGCACGCCGGUUUCAAGUUGACUGAUUCCGCCGGGGAGGUGAAUGAACGUGUUACGGAUGCAAAGGGGAGGUAUGAGAAGCAGAAGGAGAGGGGGGCGAGGUUGAGAGCUGCUCGUGCGGGCCAGGGUGAGGGUCAAAAUGGGGAGGGGGGAGAAAAUGGGGAAGGUGACGGUGAGGAGGAGGGGGAGGGGGAAGGGGAUGAGGAAGAAAGAAAUCGAUUGACGAGUCUGGAGGAGAGGGUUGCUGGGAUUACGGGACGGUUGGAGCAGCAGGUACGGAAGAUGGUGGAUUCCGAAUCGAGGGUGGAUGCGCUGGUCGAGGUCAUGGGGGGAUUUGAGAAGGAGGCGGAUGAGGCGAGUGUUGCUCGUCCUAGGAGGGGGAGGCAGACGAGGAGAACGAGAAGGACUAGACGGGAUGGGGAUGAGGAAGGGGAAGACGAGGAAGAAGAUGAGGAUUAUGAGGCGACGUCGGAGCGAGAAGAAGACGAUGCUGAAGCUGUGGAUGUUGCACCUCCUAGUCGACGACUCGAAGACAGUCUGAAGGAGAACCAUGCGCAGUGGGAUCGACUAUCAUUUACCCAGCGCUACUCCGCCAACAACACCUACGUCGGCUUCUACCGCAUCGUACACGAAGCCAAACACCCCGGCAACGACAUUCCCCCAAUCCCUCACGCCUCGACAUGGUUCUCUCAUCUCGAAGACCCCAACGCCGCUGCCUCAUCCUCAUCCUCCCCCUCCACCAACCCAACCACCACAACUACUCGCCAACAACGCCAGCGCCAGCAGCACCAGCGCAGCCCGUCCCCCGCCUCCGGCGAAGACGACGACAUCGCGAUCGAAAGCGAACGGAUAUCCCUAAAAUGCCCCCUCACACUGCUCACCUUCCAAGACCCGGUCACGAGCACAAAAUGCCCCCACAGCUUCGAACACGACGCCAUCCACGACAUGAUCUCCCAGUCGCCGACGACCGUGCCCGCGCCCCCUCCGGCGCCUGGAACCGCUCCAUCCCGCGCGGCGCGGCGCGUCCGCUCCGUGAAAUGUCCCGUCUGUUCUGUGGUUCUGACGGGGCAGGAUCUGCGACGGGAUCCGGUUCUGCUGAGACGGGUGAAACGUGCGGAGGCGCGCGAGCGGGAACGAGAAGAUGAGGAUGAGGAUGAACCUGGAGCUUCGGCUGGGAGGAAACGGGCGAGGAUUCCGGUGGCGAGUGAUGAUGAUGAGAACGACAAUGAGGAUGAAGAAGAGGAUGAAGACGAAGACGAAGACGAUGAAGAUGACGAGGGUCCUCAGCAGAGGAAGAGGAGAAGACAAGAACAGGUGCGGAUUAAACAGGAGCGGGCGAUGUCGAGUAGUGCGCCGAUGGUGGUUGAUUAA